AUGAUAUGCCAGAUGAAAGGAAUAAUCGUUCUAGAUAACGAAGGUCAAAAUAUUUUUAGUAAAUACUAUAACCCUUCAUCUUCCUUAUUAACCCAUUCAAAUCAGAAACUUUUUGAGCAGCAGCUAUAUUCAAAAUCAUCAAGAAUUAGCACAAGAGGCACAGAAGCUGAUAUACAUAGUUACCAAGAAUAGCCCACUAAGGAGCAUUUUUUGGUUGCCCGACAAUAACUGAUUAUAAAUUCGUUGGCAUGCCAUAUUUUCAGGCUAACCAAAUUUAAGAAUGCGAAUCAAAAAAUGCUCCUUAGUGGGAUAUUCUUGGCAAACAGGUAUAUUUUUAUGCUGGAAACUUAUUCAGUUGUUUUUAAAAAUUAUAACGAUAUAGCUAUAUAUUUAUUUGCGACUUUUGAAGAAAAUGAAAUACUGAUGGCAUCACUUUUAGAUGCAAUUACUGAGGCUUUGGAGAUGCUUUAUAGGACAGAAAUUGAUAAAAAACGGGUUUGUGAAGAGAUGGACUUAAUGAUGCUUGCAAUUGAUGAGUUUUUAGAUGAUGGGAUUAUAAUCUGUUGCGAUGCUAUGAGUAUUGUGGAAAGAGUCACAAUGAGAGAAGGACAGCAAGUUUUGCCACAAAAAAAUAAAAAGCAAGAAUCAACUUUAGGUAGGGCAAUAACCAAUGCAAGACAGGCAAUAUCAAAGUCUUUAAUGAGAUAA